AUGUCCUGCUCUGACCUGUACCCCAGCUCUGCCUGCGGCGUCCUGCGCCCCCAGCCCCUGGCUGACAGCGGGAAUGAGCCCUGUGUGCGCCAGUGCCCCGACUCCACCACCCUGAUCCAGCCACCCCCUGUGGUUGUCACCUUCCCUGGGCCCAUCCUCAGCUCCUUCCCUCAGGAUUCCGUCGUGGGAUCCGCUGGAGCCCCCGUUCUUGGGGGCUAUGGGGGCUCCCUGGGCUAUGGGGGCUAUGGAUCCCUGGGCUAUGGGGGCUAUGGGGGCUAUGGAUCCCUGGGCUAUGGGGGCUAUGGGGGCUAUGGAUCUGGAUCCCUGGGCUAUGGGGGGCUGUGGGGCUGUGGGGGCUCCUCCCUGGGCUCCCGAGGUCUGUGGGGCUCUGGCAGAUCCUAUGGCUCCUGCAGCCCCUACUCCUACAGGUCCAGCAGGUACAGCCGUGGCAGCUUCGGGCCCUGCUGA